AACAAAUCAUUACCGAUGCGUGUGUAAAACUUGUUGCAGUGAGAAAUCUUCCAUUGUCAUGUAUCGAUUGGCCUGAAAUGCGUGCUAUUCUUGACCCGUUAGCUGUUUCCCUUGGCACCACCUUCACAUCGGCAAGCAUUAAAGCGAAAAUCAAUCUUGCAUCAGAUAAAAUCAAACAAUACAUCACAAGGGAGAUGAAAGGGAAACUAAUCUCUCUUAAAAUCGACUCUGCCUCGCGACAUGGGCGUCACAUUUUGGGAAUAAAUGCCCAAUUUGUAAGUGGAGACGAGGUUGUGAUAAGAACCUUGCGUAUGGUAGAGCUAAACGAUAAACAAACUGGAAAGUUUCUAAAAACCAAAAUUUUGGAAACACUCCAAAUGUAUAAGAUUGAGUUGAAUAAUGUAUACUCCAUCACGUGUGACAAUGGUGCGAACAUGUGUGCCGCGGUUAAAGAUCUGCAAAAUGAGUUUGAAUUGCAAAAAAUGGAGGAUUUUGAUAUUAACUUUGAUAAUGAUGACGUCGACGACAACAUUCUGCACAACAUCAUGCACGAGCUUAAGGACUCAGUAAAUCUUGUCCGAUGCGCUGUUCAUACACUUCAACUGGCUGUUACCGAUGUAACUAAGCGAUAUGAGGACGGAAUCCGCUUAGUCACAACAGUAGCGAAAAACUGCAGAAAAUCAUCUUACAAAGUGUAUUUUGAAAAAGAAAACCAAGCGCUUCCGCCUUUGUAUGCAAAGACACGGUGGGGUGGAACGUUCAAAAUGUUGGCGCAUUUCAAAAACAGCGAAGAGUACUACACAACUUUGGGUGCGAAACAUGGCGAACUAGAUCUCAAGGAUAGGUGGGAUUUCAUAGACAGUUUCGUGGAAGCUUUUCAGCCUGUUUAUGAUUGCACAAUUUCUCUGCAGAACCAACACGUAGGUCUAUCAGACUUUUACAUGCAGUGGAUAAAUGCGAUAAAAAAGUGAUAAAAAGUUAUGCGAGACAUUGACGGGAAGACUAAACACUCUAAAGAGCAAUAUGCCUCUCAAGGCAGCGCUAUUGCUUGAUCCACGAUUCAAUUUUAAUAAUUCCACUGUGUUUACUCCGGACGAGAAGGAAGACAUACGAGCCAUCCCGGAACCUAGUACAAAAGAUAUCCAUUUAAUCGCCUGAGCCGUUGGCAACAAACUCAAGAGUACGUACGUAAAAUCUGAAAGCAGUGGCAGUCUGAAUAUUUGUCAGGACUACAACCUCGCACUCGUUGGACUAUGGCGCGCGAAAAUAUCAAGAUCGGAGCAAUGGUUCUGAUAAAAGAAGAUAACCAACCCCCAUUGAAAUGGAAAUAUGGGCGAAUCACGGCUAUUUUCAAGGGAAGUGACCACCACAUUCGCGUCGUAACCGUACAAACAGCACUAGGAGAAUACAGACGAUAUAUCAGCGAAAUAUGUGUGCUACCGAUCCAACGGCCCGAUUCACCUGUCCACGGGGAUAAACAUCCAGAAGGAAAGUAGAUUCCUUCCAUCAAUCGCAGUAAGGUACUAAGCAACAUGGGGAGGUCGCAAGGCCUCCAAUUCCUAAGAACCACCAGCCCGCCAUUCAAGCGCAGUAGGAAGGAGGUUCAUAGGAGAUGUAACCAACAUUUCACAUACAAAGCACAAGUACGCUCAGUAUUUGAUGCCAUCGUUCAUCGUCCGUUAAGGACCCGUGGAGGCCGGUUGCCUCCAUCCCAGUUAAGUUAUGCUUUUUUUUCUCAUUUAUUGUUUAAAAAGCAAUUAUAUUAUGUUCCAGAAAAAAAUAUCGUCGAUGGUCACGCAAGUGAGAGAGGACUCCACCAGAAGUGCAGAUGAAUCGCGAGUCCCAUCCAUUGAGAAUCAACAAACAUCCAACAAAGAAUAGCGACCCACUUGAUCAUACCAGCCGAAAGAACGUGAGCCUGAAUGGACAUCUUCGCAUGGACCGAAGUAGCACGUGGCAGGACCGAUACGCCCCGAAACGGAUGUCAACAACGUGCCGAACAGUUUGGGAUUCGACGCGGACCUGAUCGUCGAUAUCAAGCAGCGCUAAAGAGGCCGUCUAUAACCGGAACCACCAUUAUUUAAAAUUGAAUGGAUAAUAAUUUAAUACAAUAUUCAUAAGUAAUAAGAAGGGCGUGGAACAUAUAAGGCAAUAUCUUAUAAUACCAAUAUAGUUCACUCUCGAAUUCCCCAUAUAAUUUCGAGAAGACGCAUAGGGGACACCCCCUCUUGUGGUGAAAAAGGUAACUAAACUCAUUGCACAGUGGUACAGUAACGCAAUUUAGAAGGACAUGAGCUUUUUGAUGUGAUUUUGUGGUUUUAAAGCGAAAGCUUUUUCUGAGGCGUUGUUUCUUAUACUUAGUCCUUUAUUUAUGUGCAAAUGAAAAUAAGAGUGGCCCUAAAAUCAACGGAACGAAAUAAAAUAACUUUUUUAUUUGUAGAAAUAAUUGUAUACACAUUUCGGCAAAGUUGUAAUCAACUGUUUUUUUGUAGCUAUCAAAUUUACCGAUUUAGAGCAAUUUGAGGUAACUGACCUUGGGUUCCAAAAAGAAACAGAUUCUUUGCUUUAUUUUUUCAGUUCAAAUGUAAUAACAAAUUUUCUUUGGUUAACCUUAAGAACACAAAAAUACACAUCUUUUGGCGGAAAAACAUUGUCGAUAUGUUGUAUAGGUAAAGAGUUUCUAUUUUUUAAAUAAAACGUUCAAUAAAAACAUAUUUUUGAGCUUUUGAGGUCCGAAUAAUACAUUGUUAUUAAAUAGAGCCAAAAAACUGUUUUUUUCGGAACCAACUCUUAGCCAGUCACGUAAAAUUGCUCUAUUUCGGUCAAUUUAAUGCUACAAAAGGGUUUUUUGUUGCUCAGAAUUAGUUAAUCUACAACUGUGCCGAAGAAUGCGAAAAGUUACUUCUGCAAAUAAAAAAGUUAUAAAAAGUAUAUCGCCGAUAUAAAAAAAUAAAAGAAUUAAUCGACCUAGUGGUGCAGAAACCUUUGUUAUACUAACUAUUACUUUAUACAUAUUGGGCCAGUCAAUUACAAAUCGUAUACCAACGUAAGCCCAAUUUCAAUAGUGAAUGAAAUGAAUUUAAAAGAUAGUUUUCAGAACGUUAACCA